CCAGUUGUUUACGUUUUGGAUCUUGCAGAUCGACUGAUCUCAAAGGCAUGUCCAUUUGCUGCAGCUGGAAUAAUGGUGGGCUCUAUAUACUGGACAGCUGUUACAUAUGGAGCUGUGACGGUGAUGCAGGUUGUGGGUCACAAAGAAGGUCUCGAUGUCAUGGAGAGAGCUGAUCCUUUAUUUCUCUUGAUCGGACUUCCCACUAUCCCAGUCAUGCUAAUACUGGGCAAGAUGAUUCGUUGGGAGGACUAUGUGCUCAGACUGUGGCGCAAAUACUCUAAUAAACUACAAAUUUUGAACAGCAUAUUUCCAGGCAUUGGAUGUCCUGUUCCUCGUAUUCCAGCAGAAGCAAACCCUUUGGCAGAUCACGUUUCUGCUACACGUAUUCUAUGUGGCGCUCUAGUUUUCCCUACUAUUGCCACGAUAGUUGGCAAGCUGAUGUUCAGCAGUGUUAACUCAAAUUUACAAAGGACAAUCUUGGGUGGAAUUGCUUUUGUUGCUAUAAAAGGAGCUUUUAAGGUGUACUUCAAACAGCAGCAAUAUUUGCGCCAAGCUCACCGCAAAAUUUUAAAUUAUCCUGAGCAAGAAGGAGCGUAAGGCUGUGAUCUUCAGAUGUCGUUCAGUCUCACCUAACAGGUUUCCAUGUUGUAUUGGUUCCAUCAUUAUUGCACAGUAGUGGAGAAUUGUGAUAAGUUGCUGCUCCUAUUUUUGUUUUUCUUUAAAUAUAAUAAAGCACUGUCUUGUGGCAGGGUAGAUCCUUUCAGCAACCACUGAACCUAAGAAUGUGACUUGGCUUUCAUUAUUUUUUGGGUAUUUCUGUUGGGCAACAGGCUUCUGAAUUAUUUUCUUUGAGCCAAUAUGCUGAAUGG